UAUAUUUUUGCAAAAUCAAUUGGUAUGGCAAACAUUUAUAGACUUUUAAUAGUCAUACUAAGUAAUUUGUUAUUAUUUUGUGUAAACAGACAGCGAGUUUCAGCGAAAUACGAUUGCGUCAAAGAUGUAGUUGAAAAAUUUGUGUGGCAUCAUCACGAGCCAAACAUGACAUAUGCCACAGCAGAGAAAGGCAUUUGUUGGAAUAGCGAACAGAAAAGUUUGAUGGUACGGAGGUGCAAUCACCUGGAUCAGAAAUGGUAUCCAGUCAAUGUCACAUGUACGAUAUCAGCAAAUAGAAAUAGGUUUUGUCCAGAAGAUCUAAUAGAAUUAAGAAUUUCGCCUACAACAAACAAAUUUAUUUGUCUCAAAAUAUCUGAGCAACCCGACGUAUUUGAAGAGAGGUUCUGCUAUGGCGCAAGUGCAAUACCAACAAUUGCCAACGAACUCGAACCGGAAGAACAAAAAUCUUUGAUUAAAUAUUUAAACGAGAAAAACGUAAAAACAUUCUGGUUGCCGAUGAAGAAGGCAUUCGAGAAUAAAUACAACCCAUACGUUGUUAAAUUGCCUGGUCGACAUUAUGGCACAGUCUACGAUUUACCAUUAACUUUAACCGAACUGCAAGCUGAUAAACAUUGUCUAUCGGCAACUGUAGCCGAAGAUGGUACACUGCAAAGCGCGGUGACUAACUGUAGUGACACGCUGCACUCUGUGUGUAUAUUUAAGAGAUAUUUUGUAACAUAUUCGGGCUGUCCGCAGCACUUCAAGGCGCUCAGUUACAGGCCCGCAGAAUGCAUUGGUAUUGACUGGGUAAGUGGUGACUUCCCAAACAUUUUGGAGAAAUUGACAAUGCAAGAAUACAUACAUAAUAGAAAUAGUAUACAAUAUAUAUUAGAAACGGAUGAACUAAAUGAAGAAGAUGAUAGAUAUUUCACAUUUCGAGAUGAUAAUACGGCGAGGGAAUAUGUCAUCAUAAUGAAUUUAAAGGAGGAAGUUAGACUUGUGAAGCCUCACAGUAUUAGGAACAAUAAAAAAAUUGCAGCACUAAGUAAAGAAGUUCUCAGAAAUAAGAAAAACGUAGAAAUGACUUUAAAAAUGGAUGGCGAGUUGGAUAAACUUAUUUUGACUGUAUACAAUCGAAAUUAUGUUUGGCGACUGACUGAUAAAGAUAAAGAUAAUUAUGGAAUUAAGUGUUUUACAAAUGCCGACAAUGAAAUUGUGAAAACUGUGAAAAUAAAACUGCUCUGGCAGAAUGAGUGUGAAACGAAAAGUAUGUUUGAAGUUAAGUUAGAUGGAGAUGGUCCGGGCUAUUAUUGGUGUGAAGCACAUACGAUUUUCGAUUUUGCAUUGGUCUCGACGCCAAGGGUUGUCGCGACAGAUGAACGUAGAGGACAUACUUUUGCAAUGGACUACAUUAUAGAAGCUGGAGAUAGAGAACUACAAGACUUGCACAAGCAUAUGAAGGUGUUAAGUGGAAAAAUAAAAGCAGAACUAGAGAAUUUGAAGAACAAAAAGGAAUUUAAACAAAAAUAUGAUAAUCUAGAUAUAAACAAUGUACGUAUAAUGAAAAUUUACGAAAUUAUUCUCAGUGAUAGCAACACAAAUAAUAUAAAUAAAACAAACGACAAUUUGGAAUUCAAUAAUGAAAAUAAUGAUAAUAAUAAUAGAGAAAAUGUUAAUAAUGAUAAUAAUAAUAAUAGUGAUCAAAAUAGAAAUCGCAAUAGCAGAAACAUUACUGAUAAUAGAAACAAUAUCACCGGCACUAUAAAGUGUUUAUGUCACGUCACCGUGUCCAAAAAGUCAUCGGGAGUUGAUAACAGCUACGAGGUCAGCAGUGAAGAGGACGAUAGCAAGGAAAAGGGUGGCAUACGCCAUGAUACGUUAAUACGCAUGGAGCUAUAUGAAUUAUUACGUACACUAGUGGAACACAGAGGUGUGAAAAUUGCAGGCACUGUAAAAAGUACUGAGUAUUGCUUUCCGGAAACAUUUCGUAUGAACAAUUCCGCAGAAAACCAAUGGCUUCUUGCGCAACUGGAUCAAACUGUUACCACACAACAGCUGUGUCUACAACAAAAUGGUUUGCCGGUCACACGAAAAUGCCAAGGUAAUUUCUUGUAUGGCGCCACGUGGGAAGAUGCUGCUCAGAAAAACUUAUUAUGUAUCGACCAGAAAGAUACCAUAACACAAAAUCUUUAUCAAUUAGUUGCGAAGAAAGUACCCAAGAAGACGCCCGUGAAGGCAGUAGAGAACGUAAAGAUAUUACUCGAACGAAAUAUAGACAAUCUUAUACCAGCCGAUUUUUAUUACAUGGCAAAAAUUAUGCAAGGCACAGUUAAAAGUAUAUUUAGCAACAAUACUACAUCUAAUGUAACUCACGGUGUCAAACAUAUAAAUAAAACUACUAGCGACAUAGUGCAAAUCUAUAAUUACCUUAUGGAAGUCAAAGAGAGCGUCAUAAAACCGUCAAUAGUUUUGAAUUCGACAAAUAUAUUACUAGACUCUUUUGAACAUUUGUUAGAUCACCUGUCUUUGGCUGAAGAUAAUAACGGUCUCGAUUUAUACAAUCUUACAGAUGCGUCUACCAUAGGAAAUCAGGAUAUAUCUCCAACUGUUAUGAAUAAGUUUGAAGAAAUGUUUCAGAAUAGACUUAUAGAGGACAAUGAUAAAUUUGUUGAAACCAUUGAAUACGAAGAUGUGGGUGUUGUGGUCAAAAUGGCUACUAACUUUGUGUUUUUUGUUAUUGAUCCUAAGAUAGCAAAUGUAACAGGAAUAGCAUUAUUUAACAUUUUGGAAGACAACGUUGAAGCUGACUAUGAUGUAUUGGAGUUUAGAAUGCGUGGUGCCUUUAGAAAUGAGUAUUACAAUUUUAUAUUGGCAGAUCAGAAUGUUGAUGAAUUACUUUAUGCUCCAGAUCUGCAAAUGGCCACAUACGUACCAGAGUUACUGUUGACGCGUUUGGAUGAAAUUUCAACAUUUUCCAAUAAUACUACAACAAGACGACCAGAGCCGCGAAUUGUCAUUAAGCUUUAUGCAAACUCUAUAUUAUUUCAGGAAGACGAAGAAACAGUUAAGAGUGAUAACAGAAAAGUGUUUGGUAAAAUAAUUUCCAUUUCGAUACCAGGACACGACAAAGAUUUACCUGCUAUGCUACCUUUAUACUUAAAAGUGGAUACAAAUUUAAAUGAAAGCAGCGCGGAACGUUAUUGUAAUUAUUGGAAUUACAAAACAUGGGCAAAUGAUGGCAUCUCAUUUUUGGGCCAUUCUAAACUGAACAAUAAUAUAAUCCUAUGUGCAACUACACAUUUGACCCCAUUUGCUUACUUAAUAGGCGGUGGCUAUCAUUUCGCUGAUGAGUCGAAGGUUGUUAUUGAAAAUACCCCACAUGAGGAAGCACUGGACAUAAUCAGCAUACUUGGCUGUUCGUUGUCAUUAUUUGGAAUUUUGGGUAUAGCAAUCACAGCUGGCACGUUUCAAUCAUGGCGACAAAAGGCUUCAUCCAAAGUGCUAUUGCAAUUGUGCGCUGCAAUUGCUUUGCAAAUGAUACUUUUCUGUUUCAUCAACACAGAGGAGAAAACGAGCCAAUUAUUGGAGAAUCAAAUUUUUUCCAGUUGCAUUGCCAUCGGCGCAUUUUUACAUUAUUCUGUGUUGGUGCAAUUUUGUUGGAUGGUCAUAAUUGCUUAUUUGCAAUUUAAACGUUACGUGCAAGUUUUUGGAAAUACGAGACCAAAGCGAUUUUUUAUUAAAUCAGCCAUACUGGCUUGGGGUGUGCCAUUAAUACCAGUGUUAAUUGUUUUGCUGGUGGAUCGUAAGUCCUAUUUACCAAAUGAGAAUUCCGGACAUGCUGUGGUCUGCUACCCAACGGGCUACUCACUGUAUUUGGGUGUGGUGCUACCAGUAACUGUUAUUAUAAUAUCAAAUUUAAUUAUUUUUAUUAUUAUCAUUUAUAAUAUCAUAAGGGGACCUGAGGGCUCAAUACGGCAUACCGAUAAAAAAUUAGCUAUAUCGCAACUGCGAUUGUCAGUGUUAUUGUUCUUCUUGUUGGGUUUCACUUGGAUUUUUGGACUGCUGACAGCCAUGAAGGCGGGCAUUUUGUUUUCAUAUCUAUUUUGCUUAACUGCAACUAUACAAGGCUUCGUGCUAUUCAUUUAUUUCAUAGUACUUGAUCCUGUCACAAGGCAGAUGUGGAGUAAUUAUUUCCGCAGAGUUUUCGGCAUGAAAGCGCAAUAUGAAAGUUCGACUUAUAUGAGGGAAGCUACACCAAGCUUUUAGAAUUUAUUUACUGUAAAAUAAUAUUGUUUUUUUAACUCUGUAAAGAAAAAUAUUUAUUGUUUAAUCUUAAUAUUUAUUAUUUUAUUAUAUUUCAUUUUUAUAUUGUGUACUUUAGAAGCAAGUCAUUAAAGUAAUUAUUAUUUU